GAGGAUGGCAGUGCGGUAUCGAUUUUCUCCAUAACGGGUUCGAAUCCUCAAGACGCCAGGCUUGCUCCUGCCCGAAACUGCGUCAAGCGACUCAGAAUGCUGCGGCACCCGAACGUGCUGUCGUUUCUGAACAGCCUGGAGGUGGAGAAGGAGGAGGGCGGCGUGCAGAAGCCGACCAUUUACAUCAUCACCGAGCCUGUCAUGCCACUGGACCUCCGACUCAAAGAGCUCAAACUCAAGGGGCCGCAGAGGGAUGAGUACUACGCAUGGGGAUUGCUGCAAGUGGCCAAGGCUGUCAGCUUUCUCAACAACGAUUGCAAGCUGGUGCAUGGCAACGUGUGCAUGGCGUCGGUGGUAACCACCGGUGCGCUGGACUGGAAGCUGCACGGCUUUGAUGUGCUGUCAGAGUUCGAUGGGGGCAAGGCGGACGCCCCUGAGGGGCCCAUGCUGCCAUAUGAGUGGAUGGUGGGCGCGCAGUACAAGUCAAUGGAGCUCGCCAAGAGCGACUGGGCGGCCAUCAGGAAGGGCCCUCCCUACGCUAUCGACUCCUGGGGCCUUGGCUGUCUGAUCCAGGAGGUGUUCUCCGGGCACCAGCUGACACGCACAGAAGAGCUCCGAAACACAGCUUGCAUUCCCAAGACCCUUCUCCCGGACUACCAGCGUCUGCUCAGCUCUGCCCCUGCCAGGCGACUCAACCCUGCCAAGCUCAUUGACAAUAGUGAGUUCUUUCAGAACAAGCUAGUGGAAACGGUGCAGUUCAUGGAGGUACUCAGCCUCAAGGACAGCGUGGAGAAGGACGGAUUCUUCCGCCGCCUCCCCGCCCUGUGUGACCAGCUCUCGCGCCCCAUCCUGCUCAACAAGAUCCUCCCUCAGCUCGCCUCCUCCCUCGAGUUUGGGUCUGCACCCGCGCCUGCGCUGACCGUGCUGUUGAAGCUGGGCGGGUGGCUUAAUCAAGAGGACUUUAAUGCUAAGGUUCUCCCCACUCUUGUGAAGCUCUUUGGCUCAUCAGACCGAGCCAUCCGGGUAUCGCUACUGCAGAAUCUGGACUCAUUCGGCGCGCAGAUAGCCCCCAACGUGGCGGAGGAGCAGGUGUUUCCGCACCUCAGCUCCGGAUUCACUGACACGUCGGCUCUCCUGAGAGAGCUCACACUCAAGUCCAUGCUGCUACUCGCCCCCAAGCUCUCGCAACGCACCCUCGGAGGGCCGCUGCUCAAGCACCUCUCCAAGCUGCAGGUGGACGAGGAGGCAGCCAUCCGCACCAACACCACCAUUCUGCUCGGCAACAUUGCCAGACAUCUCAACGACGCUACGCGCAAGCGAGUGCUCAUCAAUGCCUUCACUGUCCGCGCUCUAAGGGACGCCUUCCCCCCUGCCAGGGCUGCAGGCAUCAUGGCACUGUCAGCCACAAGGGAGUACUACGACGCCACUGAGAUCGCCACCCGCAUUUUGCCUGCUCUGGUGGUGCUCACAUUGGAUGCCGACACUGACGUGCACACCAGGGCAGUCCAGGCCGCCUUUUCAUUCCUCCAGUCCGUUUCUGAUUUCCAUGCUAAGCUGGAAGGGCUCUCGGUGGGACAACGAGCCCCGGGAGCAGCCACACCUACUGCUGCUGCUGCUCCUGCUGCUUCCGGCUCUUCUGGGGGGCUGUUGGGCUGGGCGGUCAGCUCACUCACCUCAGCAGGGCCCAAGGCAGGCCCCACUGCACCAGCUGCCGAGGCUGCUGCUGCUGUUUCAUCAGGAGAUUCCACCACUGCCACUUCUGCUGCUGCUCCUGCUGCUGCCGCUGCAGCAUCAGAGCCUGAGGGCAAUGGGUGGGGAGAAAUCGAGGAAGAGGAGGAGGAGGAAGAGCAGCAGCCGAAACCAAAGCCCUCCGUUCACCGACCAGCCCCUGCCAGACCCACCGCCCCCUCCUCUCACACCUUCUCCAAGCCUGCCCCAGCCGCACCUUCCCCAGCUGAACCCGAAGCAGAGGAGGAGGAGGAGGAGGAGGAUGGGGACGGGUGGGGUGAUUUGGAUGAUGGGGAGGAGAGCUCUGCGUCUAAGGGUGCUGCCGCUGCUUCUGCUGCCGCUGCUGCUGCUGCAGCGUCGCUCUCUCGCAUGCAGGCAGCACAGCAACGGCCUGUGGUGCAUCAUGCGCCGGCUGCUCCUGCUGCUACCCCUGCAGCAGCAGCCCCCACUGCGUCGCCUCAAAAAGCGGCACCGGUGCGGCCAGCAGGGGUGAGAUUAGGUGGAGGGGCAGCAGCAGGCAAGGCAGGUGGGUCCCUGGGUGUGACAAGAGGGAAACCGGCGCCAGCAGCAGCCUCUUCUGCUGCCCCGCACUCAACCAGUAAGGAUGAAGACCCCUGGGCCGCUAUUGCUGCUCCUGCUCCUGUCAGCUCUGCCAAGCCUCUCCGCGCUGGAGCUGGCGCGUCCGGCUCAGCGGUUGGCAGAGGUUCGGCAGCGAGCCGAGGCGGAGGUGGUGGUGCGGCAAGUGGGCAUGUGAAGCUGCCAGCAGGGGCGAAUAUGGAUUUAGAGAGUAUGCUCGGGGAUGACAGUGGGGGGAAGAAACCCACUGGCAUGAGGCUAGGAGCACAGAGAAUCAGCCGAUAG